CUUAUUCAACUGAUUCAGUUGGCCCUCUUAUCUGAAACAACGGAUUUUUGUAGCAUAUGUAACCCCUCUGUCUGUCUGUCUCUCUCUCUCUCCCAGCCUGAGCCAUAUUCUCAUGGCUUCCAUGGAGAAGCUCUUGUCCAUCUCCCUCAUUCUCGCCUUCUUCAAGAACCUUAUCUCCAUUCUCCUGAACCUCCACAGGGCCCAAUUGUUGGUUGCCCUCGUUGACGCGGUCCUGUCACUCUACUUCUGGUGGUGGUGCGGGCUCUGCCCAUGCACGGUGGACAUCGACCGCGAGACCACCGUGAGCUUCUGGGUACCGCUACACCGCCGGAUUGGGAAGCCCGUACUCAUCCCCAUACACGGCUACGGCGGGAACUCCCAGUGGCAGUUCCUGGCCCAGGUGGGCCCCCUCUCCCGCAGCUUCAAUCUCUUCAUUCCUGAUUUGCUCUUCUUCGGCAAGUCCAGCACGAAGUGCACGGAUCGGACCUAUGAGUUCCAAGCGAGGUGCAUUGUUGAAGCGUUGAAGAGAAUGGGUGUGGGGAAAUUCUCUGUUUAUGCUAUCAGUUACGGGGGAUUCGUGGGCUACCGGAUGGCUAAGAUGUACCCGGAUGAGGUGGAGAAGAUCAUCAUUGUGAGUAGCGGGAUCGGGUGCACGGAGGAGCAGAAGAGUAAGCAACUCAGGAAGAUUGGGAGGGAUCCAUUGGAGCUCCUCCUUCCCAAUAAUCCGCGGGACCUGCGGACCCUAAUAGACCUGUCGCUUUAUAAGUACGAUCCGUUCAAGUGGGUUCCUGACUUCUUCCUUCGGGAGUUCAUUGAGGUAAUGUGCAACGAACACCGGACAGAGAAGUCAGAGUUAGCAGAACACUUGCUCUCUGGAUCAGCAGAAAAGGAUCCCUCGGUGUUAACUCAGGAGACACUGCUUGUAUGGGGAGAUCAGGACGAGGUCUUCCCAGUAAGCUUUGCCCAUCAUCUUAAAAAGCAUUUAGGGCCAAAGUCAAGGCUCGAGAUCAUCAAGGAUGCUGGUCAUGCUGUAAACAUCGAGGCUCCUGGACACCUGAAUGACUUGAUAGAAUCCUUCAUCUUAGGGGAAUGAUUGUCAAGGAUCAAGUAGAUGAAGCUAGAGAAAUGAGAGAGGAAAUUCUUUUGCUCGACUCAUAAGUUGUCGGGCUAAAAGCUUCCUUCAUGUCCAUCCUCUCCCCGGGCAAUUCCUUAUAACACAAGACGCCGAUCUUGAACACCAUAAUCAGUGCUUCUUCAUAUUUGCUCUGAGAUCUCCACUGAGAAUUUUCCCUGCCGUUCUCUUGGUGAUUC